GUGUUAUCGCCAAGACGGCCUACAAUUUCUUCCACUCAGUUUGUCGCCAAUCUGUCUACAGUAUCUGGCACGAGUCGGGUUGAUGGCGAACCGACCAAUUACGCUCCUGAUGAUCUAGUGCCAGGUCCAAGCAUGUUAAAACGGAUUGUGUCGGAGUUAGGAAACGUUGGCACAACAUUCAUUUUACCGCUGGCUGAUACGGAGGCUAUGCAACAAUUGGCGCGACCACUACGGUCCUUAGUAAGUAUUGGUGUGAAGCCUGAAUUUGUAAUUGAUGCAUGUACAAAGAAUCCUGACUUGUUUCGCAAUCUGACAACAAAAGGAGACGAUGCUUGGCAAAUUCUAAAUGUGCUUGUGGAUUCUUGUGGAAUGACGUAUGAGGACUCGCUGAGGAUGUUCGCCAGCUACGGAGAUGAUCUGCUCGUAUGCUCGCCAAUUGGUGUUCAGUCCCGAUUGGAUGUGCUGGUGGCAAGUGGUAUACCGGCAGGAAGAAGCUGUGGGCGAAUUGUUCGUAGGUGUCCGGCAAUACUUUUUGCCCGAGAUCCAAAGGAGAUGACCAGUGUAGCAGAGGCUCUGUGUGGAUUCUUCUCGAGGAAGGAGGUUUCCGCUAUCAUUCAAGCAGUACCUGAGGUGUUGUUAAAAAAUAUUGAAGAACUGGAGGAAAAGUAUGAAUACAUCUUCUUUCAGUCUAUUUAUGCUACAUUGACCGCGAACCAGCUGCCAUUACGCGAUGUGGUGCCGUCGACGCCGUGCAGCGCCGUCUCUGCCACCGUCGAUCCCGCAAUGGCAAUGGGAAGUCGAUUGUCAGCGGAUGUGGCCACGUUGGUUGAUCGAGCGAUGUCCAUCGAUGAGCACUUGCAGUCGAUGCCAAUGCCGUUGACAGGCUGGAACGAUCAUCAGUUUCGAUCGCAAGAC